AUUUUGGCUCAAGGGAUCCGGCUCAAGGCUCAACCUCCGCCUCCCGCGCAUAAGGACGAGCGGCCCCACGACGAUGCGGCCGCCUCCCGCCGACGCGGAGCAGCCGAUGCUGUCCGCAGGGCACGGGGACGCCGGCGUGCCGCGCCGAGGCCUCGAGCGGGGGCGCUCGGUGCCGCGCGAGGGGGCGGGCGGAGCCGAGGCCGGCGCCGACUCCGACGGGCUGCCGUCGCUUCUGGCGGCAGGGUGCCGGCGCCGGAUGUGCCCGCUCGCGGCGCGGCUGUGCCGAGGUGGGUCGACAACGGCACGGGGUGCUCUGAUCGGGAGGACCUCGUGGCGUCCUCCUCCACCGAGGACUCGAUGGACGCCUGCGGCGAGCGCUGCGCGGCCGAGGACGGGUGUGUCCUGUUCAACUUCCAGCACUCGGACAGCGAGUGCUGGGCCCGGGCGCGGAAGCUGCUACAGGUACAAGGGCGAGUGCGAGAGCACGUUCGACAGUUGUUGGAGGCUGUUCGCGAUGACCAGUCCAGGUCAGGCUCGCAGUUCCAGUGAGCAGCCAGGUGCUAGCGGCCACGGCGGCAGUGGCGAGGACGAUGCCGACGACGAGGCUUCGGCGACGCCGCCUGUGGAUCAGAAUCCCGAUGAGCAACCUGGUGCCGGCGACGACGGCGGCACUGGUGAGCCCGAUGCUAGCAGCGAAAGCGAGCAACCAGGCGUUGGCGACCAUAAGGGAAGUGGCGAGGCUGAUGCCGACGACGAUGUUCCAGCGAAUCCGCCGCUGGAUCAGAAUUCCGAUGAGCAACCUGGUGCAGUCGACGACGGCGGAGUUGGUAAGGCCGAUGCCAACGGAGAAAGUUCUUCGGCGUUGCCACCGCUGGUGACGACCUUGCUUAAGGCUGCCAAAGGUGGCGACUCGGUGCUGGAGGUGAUGGAGCUCGAAGGUUUCAGCGUCGGAGACACUGUCAGGCUGGAGGCCGUCGGCACCCAGGAGGACUGCAAAGUCGGUUCCCUGCAGCGCGGCUCCAUGAUUCUGCGUUCGCCCCUGGCCAGCAACUACCCUGUCGGCGCGUCAGUGACGCUGGUGGCACACAGCCCGUGCGACGGACAGGGCAGGUUGGGUCUUGCGUCGGUGUUGGAAUUCGUGCCUGGCAAGAGUUUCGGAAACGUUAGCGAGCUGUGCAGGUGUGCCCUGGUGGGCUCGUCGAGCGCCUUGCUUGAAAGGGCGGACGGGGAGCAGAUUGACUCCUACGACACCGUCAUCCGCAUCAACCGCAUCCCCCGCGGGCAGAUCCAGAGAAGCCUCGGCAGCAAGACCGAUGUGUUCUUCCUCAACAAGCAGCAGGCGCUGCUGGAGCACGUGCAGCUGAUGACCCUGGAGGACCUCCUGCAGGGCAGCGGAGACGUGCCACCCACGGCAAGCUGCGGCGAGCUGGACAACUGCAGGAAUGCCGCCAUCGUGCAGAAGGGGGGGAAUCCCAGCCUGCAGGAGCUGGUGGAGCGGCAUCUCCUGGGGCUUCUCGGAGCUCGCUGGGCACGUCCCGUCCACCGGCCUGAUGGCCUUCGUGGCUUUCCUGCCGCUGUGCCAGGAGCUGGACAUGUUCGGCUUGGGCGGCACCGCCACCGCCGACGGCCACCACGAGCAGCUCGAGAUACACCACCUCGCAGCGGAGCACGGCAUCCAAGACGCGAUGAUCGCUGGGAAGCGGCCGCCGUGGACCGCCUCCGACUCGCAAGGGGUGGGGCCCGACGCUCUGGGCUGGCUUCUGGCGCAUGCCGGGAAGGCCCGGAAGCUAAGAUGAUCGGCUCGGAUCCGCCCAGGACCGCUGGCCCUUUGCGCGGCCCUUUUAGCGUCUCUCGCUCGGUGAACUUUGCCACUCGAGACCGCUCACUCAGAGAAGAGGCCCUCCUGGCCAUAUCAGGUGACCAUCCGUGUCUCGGGCUGCCGUCUUCCGCUGGGCUUGACCCCGUGGCCGGGGCCAGAGUUCGCGACGAUCAGCCUGUCAAGAGCCCACACUGGAAAACGCUAAAAAAUACGCCCAGGGCGGUUUUGAGAUGAACCACGACAAGAGGGCAGAGGCAGACGACCAUAGCCGCAGCCAUCGUCGUGUAGUUUGUGUCGCCUUGCAGACAACGUGCUAAGUACACGCAUCCUGCAGUUUCUUAUCCGCCUCCUUAUCGCCGUUCGAUGACCUCUGCAAUACAACGUGUAGGGGCUGUGUUCGGUAUAACCUGCCGCUUGAAGCUACAGACUCUUGAUGCUUACAGCGGUGCUUGUUGUGUGCCUCUUUUUGCGUAGGUCCGCAGAUGCGCCUUUCUGCUCCCUGCGUUCGGCAGGCCUUCAAUCCUCGUGGGUAGACCCCAUCGCCGCUUGUUAGGAGUCCUAACCGAGCGUUGCGAGAAGGAGUUUUGAUCCUGUUUGAACGUGUGCUUGCGAAGGCAAACGCCAUAGGCGCAACAUGUUUUUUUUGUGUUUCCCAGCGCCCCCUCUUCCGCGCCUCCGCGCAGGCCUCUAGAGCAUGACCCCUGGGCGUUUCCAAGUUGGGACCAGCAGCAUGGCCCGCCGCUCUGUCCAGUGACAUCCCCUGGCGAAGGCAGUGUCUUCCGCGCAGGCGAGCCCAACUAGCAGUGCUGCGCGCGCAUGUUGGAGGGGGCAGCGGACGCUGGCGAGAA